AUGCGGGGGGGCGAGGCGGCGCGCCGCGCUCUCAUAUUCCGUAUAUUGAUUGUGUGCGAGGGGGGCCGGGGCAAGGAGGGGGGCCACGGCUGGAAAAUUGGAAACGAGAUGCAGGGGCUGGUGAGCGACAAGACGUUCCACUUAAAGUGGAACAACCACCUGCAGAACCUGAGCCAGCUGUUCACGACCAUCUACUCGUCCUCGGCCCUCGCGGACGUGACGCUGUCGUGUCGCGAUGGCACCCUCAAGGCGCACAAGCUGGUCCUCUCGGCUUGCAGCCCCUACUUCGAACAGAUAUUCAAGGACAACCCAUGUCAGCAUCCUAUAGUGAUUCUGAAGGGGAUACCCUUCUCGGAGAUCAAUCUUCUGGUGGAGUUCAUGUACAAAGGAUCUGUGGACGUCCAAGAAUUAGACCUACAGUCCCUGAUGCACACAGCUUCAGAGUUGGAAAUCCGUGGAUUAGCAUAUGAAGCCAGAGACAAUGCUGCGCAGUUACUCAAUGUUAAUCUGGAGUACCCAUCUUAUACGCAGACGUCCACCGCCUCUUCUGUGUCCACAUCGCAAACAUAUCAGCAGUCCCGAACUGAUGUAGAGAGAUUAAAACAGAUACACAUGUACCAGCAAUCGAUGAUGCGGGCCGAGGAGGUUCGAAGGCGACGAAGGGAAGACAUGCCCACCACACAAACGGCGGUGAACAACAUUCUGGCGGCGGCGGCCAGGGAGAUGGAGGAGGCGAGGCAGGCGACCAGGACGGGCGACCUGGGUACGAGAGUGGUGGCGAGCAUUCAGACUGAACAAGAGAAUGCGGCUACACCGUCCUCGGAAGUGAGGCGCGAGUCGGAAGACGACAGGCCAAAGAAGAGGAUGUCCAUCAUGUCGCCCGACGACGACAGGGCGCGAGUGAAGAAGAAGAUGACUGUACGCUUCCAGGACGACAAGAGCGAAGAGCCGCCCAAUAAGGUCACUUCACCCAACGCCGCCAAUAACGGGGAGCCGAAAGACUCCGACAACAAGCAGGGCGGCAUCAAAGUGGUGCAGUUGGCCGUGCUGCAGAAACCGACCAACAAUGAACACGACGACUACGACGAAAGGGGCAAGGCGAUGGACGAGGACGAAGAGACAGAUUCGAGCGGGUCCGUGUCGGACGCGGCCGCGAACGACUCGCAGGACUCGCGGCCCUACGCGUGCGACGUUUGCGACGUCAGGUUCGCCCGCUCGUCUCACCUGAGCCGACAUAGGCUGACGCACACCGGAGAGCGGCCCUACACGUGCGGCGGAUGCGGCCGCUCUUUUGCGCGCUCCGACAAGCUGCGCGUGCACACCAAGAUCUGCGAGCGGGAGGACCCGACGGUGGACAUGGCCAGCGACCAGCAAGUGGGCGUCAAGCGCGAGAACAACUCCGAAGUGAUGUCCGGGAUGGUGCGCAGCACGCACCGCGAGUCCGGCCACCUAGUGUUCACGCCGAGCGGGGACGUCAUGCUGCCGCCUAGAAGCAACCCCGUCAUCCUCAACUCUAGCCUGGAGCCGGUGAAGAACGAGCUCAGCCAAGGGGAGCUCUCCGACCCCCCGAGGAGGGGACGCGGCAGGCCGAGGAAGACCCCGUUGCCGCUCACGCCCAAGAUAAAGAAGCGAAGAGGACGACCGCCGAAGACGUCGCUCGAUAUGGAGGGAUGCGUCCUCACGGGCGGCACAGUGAUGGGCCCGAGUCCGCAGCACAUGUCCGCCCUGUCGCCGGCUGGACAGCAGCUGCUUCUGAAGAGGAAGCGCGGGCGCCCGCCCAAGAACUACCUGAUUCCGAACAGACCCGGUAUGGAUAUGACAAUACCGAUGCAGUACGGGCUAGCUGCCGAAAUAAGCAAACUUUACGGCCGACCGAACGAGAACUACAACGCCACCAACCUGCCCUUCGGAGACUUCUCUUACCUGACGGAGAUGAUGUACAACCCGCUCGCGUACUCCUACGGCGUGACGUCCGUGGACCCCGACCGCAACGUCGACGCCGACCUCAGUAUGACGUCGGAGACCCACGACCGGACCAUCGACGUGUCGGACUCUUCCAGCGACGAAGAAGACUCCAGAGUGGAACCGGAGGAGAACAUCCCGGCCGUCGCGUGCGAGACGCAGAUAAUGACAGUCGGCGACUGUCAAAUUGUCAAACUUCCAGCCAACGAGGACAAGGAAGACAAAGCCGAACCGGUGCAGUCGGAGACCAACGUGUCCGUCCCGACCCCCAGCUCGGUCACGAUCACUCCUAUCACGACCGUCGGCGACUGUACCAUACGCCCGGUGGAGAACACAUAA